AGUGCCAAUUGAGAAGUGUCAAAGUGAUGUCUUAAUAAUUCAAAUAAAUUAAAUCAAACUAAAAUCAUAAGGUUUUAGUUAUUGAAUGAAUGUUUUAUCAUUAUUAUGCAAAUAGAGAGUCAAUGGUGUUUCACUUAACAAUUUUUAUUCAUUUACUGUACUUUGUAAUUAUGUGAAGUUUUUUAAAAAUAUUGUGAAGUCGUUUUUGAGCAGUUGCGCAUUAUUUUUAAACACAUUUUUAGAAUUGUUGUUCUGCUGUCUCCAGUUGUGUAUAGCACUAGCAAUGGAUAGUGAAGACAAAGCUUUUACUAUAUUGAAGUGCCCUAUAACUGUGCCCAUCUCAUUAGAGGGUACUCAGGAUUCGAAUCAUAAUAAAAUGACCACAGAAGAUGAAGUCAAAGAAGUUAAUAUGUAUGCGCCGGAUAUAGGGCCUAAAUUUUAUCCAGUCAAAGGCAAUGUGGUGACAGCUCCAAUAAUUACGAAGAAUCUUCCAGAAGCGUUUAGUUCCCUACCUAUUUGUGGGCGUCCAGAAUCGAAGGAUCGUUUAGAGCAGUUUCAAGAUCAGAAGAUCAGAGAUUACGUCGGAGGUGGAUUAAGUGAAGAAGAAUUUGGUAAGCUUGCUAAAUACUGCAGUCCAAACCAUCUUAGAACUGGUAAGGAACUUAUAAUGGAUACAAAUCUCCCAGCAUUUGGUUUUCUGCCCCCUAAAAAGGAUGACAAAGUUUGUGAAGAGGGUAACCAACUAAACAUUGUAAAGAAGUUUAAGUUACGUGUGGAGAAAGACAAGACAAACUUAUAUGUGAAGAAGUUAAAGUAUAGAGGAAUGAGAUUGCUGCCACUUACAACUGAGGAUGAGGAUAAUGAUGAGAUAAAUGGAACUCCACUUGAACCGGGCAAAGACAUACUGUACAGAGUGCGCUUUUACAGACCUUUUAUGUGUGGCAAAGAAAGAAAUAAUUCACGUCACUCGGUGUUCACAUGCGACGUGGUGGUGUCAGGUCAGAGCCGGCUGUCUGCGCUGCGCGAGCGCAUCGUUUGCGCUAACGACGUGGACGUGCGCGUCGAUGUCUCCGCAAAUCCUACGGAAUUGCCUCAAACCACCGCCAAGGAAUUGUUUCCAUCAGGGUUCAUGUUCAUAAACAACGUGUUCUACGUGGACGAGCGCGAGGGUCGCGUGGACUACACGGAGCCCAUCCGGUUGUGGGCGCAGCGCCGCGCCAUGGGUGACUUCCCCAAGGUAGACAUGCAUCAAGUGCGGCUGCAGGACCUCGUCAUACGUCUCGGACAUCCAGAGGUGUACAUCCACCAAGGCAACUGCGAGCACCUGUUCACGUUCUCUGAGGUGCGGCUGGUGGGUCCGGCGGAGCUGGUGAUGGCGGAGCAGCUGCCGCGCCACACGGCCGUGCUGCAGCAUCAGACCGUGUACUGCACCACGUGCGCGGAGUUCGGCGCCAAGUGGGUGGUGGUGGGCUGUCCCCGCGUGCCCUUCGACCCCGCCUUCUUCUGUGACACCUGCUUCAUGCUCUAUCUGUACAUCGACGGGAAGAAGAUUGGCGAUUUUAAAGCUUACUCUUAUAGAGGUAACGAAAUAAAUACCUUGAAACCGCUCGGUUAAUAAAUUGUUUUUU